AACGAAACGGUACUGAUGAAAAGAAGGAUCUGUCAGGUGAUUGCGUUCGGGUUCCGUGAUAGUUCACGAUGAUAUAAAGAGUAGCUUUAUUUCAAGUUCAAUCACGACUGAGUAGAGUGUUCUCACAUUUUCUAUCAACGGACAGUUCUUUUACUACUGCUGGGCGAUGAAAAAAUGAAUGCUUGUCCUACUAAACUCCAAGGGAGAGUGUUCGAGAUCGGUGAUGGUUCCAAUACACCGUGGAGGAGAUACGAGCUGGAGGAGAACCUUGGCAGUGGUGGUUUCGGAACAGUACAUGCAGCGAAAAGGGUAACUAAGCUUUUACCUCAUGAGUUCUACAGUCGUAGGCUUGUAGACGGACCUCCCUCAGUUUGUAGAGAUACGUCGAAUGCUGGGGCUGUUGUGUCAAAGACGCCCCUCUACAGCAGCAGGGUGGCACUGAAAGUCAUCGAUGAAAGCGGGCCGAAGGCGAAACGGAAGUAUAUUGAGCGCGAGCUUGCAGCGCUUAGGAAAGCGGGCGACUCUCCGUUUCUGACGCAUGCGACAGAUUACUUUCGAAGGCCACAAUUGCAAAUAACCGUGAUUGUAAUGCCCAUAGCUGAGUAUGGCUCUCUUGCCGAUCAUGCCGGGUAUGAGCUGCUCGAAUGCGAAAUGGCAGCAAUAGUAUCGCAAAUCUCGCGGGGGCUACACUUUUUACAUUCUUCAAACCUUGUCCACCGCGACAUCAAACCUGCAAACAUUCUUGUUAUUCGCUGGCACUCGUGGAGUUUUCUUCAUGACAGUCUUGCAGAUAAGCUGCUGCAAGAUUCUUCGUCUGCCGGCGCUGGCCCAGGACUCUGUGUAAUCCAGAUAGCAGAUUUUGGCUGCUCUCGUGAGGCGAGUGAUGAUGGAGGCAGUGGCCUGAUCGGCACGCGCGGGUAUCUCGCGCCGGAGGUGGCUCGUGGUGGACCGGUGAAGCCGUCCUGCGACAUCUAUUCGCUGGGGUGCUUGUUUUUUGAGUUUUUUCGACCCGCAAACGAGAAAGCAUGGGCGGUUGUGAGUCACAGCAAGAGGCUGCGGGAGCUUGCGUCGCCUCGCGCGUUGUUCUUCUUUUCGACCAUGACUCAAGAAGACCCCGACUUCCGAGCAGACGCAGUUGAUCUCUUGAGCUCGCAGUUUCUAUGCGGAUGCAAGAAUGUAAUGACAGAGGCUCGAGACAUUGGUAUAAUAAGUAAGCGAUACUCCGACGCUUAUUGCACUGGCACACAGGAAUGGUCGCGUGACAAUACACCCGAAAAUGGAGAAGGUUUCUUGGGAGAAGCUACCAGGAAGAAAGUGAUGGAAAUUUUACGAAGUGACGGGUUACGUGAGUAUCAGAAGGCUCUUCGGAAGCUUCCCGGUUUGCCGCGUUUGAAUUCCGUCAUGGUACGAUCCUAGUCUUACGUACCACCUAAGAAUAAAACAUUUCGUGGAUGUACUAGCUCUCCUAUUGCAUUACGCUAUUCGGUGAGGAUGAUGAAGGGUAAGCGUAAAGGUGUUGCCGUUUCGUAGUGCUUUCGAUUUUCACCAAAUUUUAAUGCAUUUGUUCCGUUUUUGGCCAAAUUUUUUAGAAACGCAGGUCGCGAUGCGAGAAGGAGACGGACGAACGGGCUUGGGGAUUCCACCACCUGAGCUAUGUAUACAGGAAAUUCUCGAGGCGGCGCCUCGCAUAUUAAAAAGGGAAAGAGAGAGGGAAGCGAAUGCUUUAGGUGAGCUCUCCACGAAACGACAACGAGAGGCACCGCAAGCAAGCACCCCAUAGUUCCAACGUUGUUCGCGAGGACGCACAAGAUGAAGAUGAAGAGUUUAGGGUUGCAAGAAAAUAUGAAUGCAUCAGCUAGUACACCUGGCGCUGUAGGCCAAAGACAGCCGUUUCCAGCGGCGUUUGAAACUGACUGUUAUUACCGUCGAAUACGUCGAUGGCGCUGGUUCUUCAGCGUGAGGUUGUACUCAAGCAAGUCAAGAAAAAGAAAUGUUCUCGGAGAUGAUGACAGAUGCAAUGACCAAUUUUUACUCCGUCCUGGGGGGGCAGUUAU